AUGGACAUAAUACAAACAGCACUACCACAAUCUACUGACAGCACAACAACAAUUGCAGUAUCGCUAAAGAGGCGCCCGGAGUACAAAAACGCAUUCCAGAAAGGAAUGGUGCACCCAAACCUUAUAAUGCAAGCUUUGUUUCAACUAUCAAGCACACCACUUUACAAAUUACAAAAUGUGCAAAUCAACAAAGAUUGGCAAGCCAUCGUACAACACAAUUCAAAUAACCAAGAAACAAUACAAAUAAAUAAUACUGAUACUGACACAGAUAGUGACAUGGAACAAGAACAACCAUCAGAAACUUUGAUACACGGAUUCACUGAAUCUAGGUGCAUACACCAAAUGCAGGAUAAAAUACUAGAAAUUUCUCCCGCACAAGACAAUUGUCCCAUAGGCAUUUUCCAAGACAAAUAUGCUGAAGAAAUGAACUUCCCAACACUUUUUUUUGGCAGCGCACGUGAUGAUGACAUUACGAAAAGGUUUACAUACCAAAAGAUUGCACAAUGGGAACUCUUAACCUCACAUAGACAAUUUGCAUAUCACACAACUAACCUGUUUUUCAAAACUGUCAAAGUCCUUAUACAACAAGUCAUCUCAACAAUGUGGGUAAGAAUACGGAAAGGACAACUUAAAGGCAAAAAGCUAAUUGCAAAAGAUGUCAAAGAAAAGCCAAACCUAGAAAGAAUGCUAAAAUCAAAUAUUGGUUACAUUGACUUUAAAAGAAUUAGAAUUUCUCCAGAUUACACACAUCAGCUAAAAAAAAAUGUCUUUGCAAUGAUCCGACAACUAGGGCCACCAACUUUUUUCCUCACAUUCACUAGCGCGGAGCAAAAUUGGGAACCCUUGAUGACAACUCUUCAACAACUGCAUGAUUUACACUACUCAAAAGUAGAUGAACAAAGAGACAUUACUCAAAUUGGAAACCAUAAAUUCCAACUUAUUAAAAAAGAUCCAGUGACAUGUGCACGAUACUAUAGGCAUAGAAUAAAUGCAAUGAAAAAACUAAUACUAUCUGAUAAUAGUUUCUUUGGAGACAUCAGUGACUACUUCUCAGUAACUGAAUUUCAAAAUCGAGGAAAUGAACAUGACCACUUCCUCAUAUGGACCAAAGAUGCACCAAUCUACGGGAAAGCCACAACUAAAGAUAUAGUGCAGUUUGUUGAUAAGUACAUUACUUGUAGCACAGAACAUUUAGACAAUUCACUUGCAAAUUUACAUAAGCAUCACCACACAAAGCAAUGCAGAAGAAACAAAAAGACAAAUUGUAGAUACAAUUUCCCAUUUCCACCAAUGCAAAACACAAUGAUACUUGAACCAUUAUUAGAAAAAAAUGAAAAAAUAAUGUCAAAUUCUACAAAAAUAUAUUCCACAUUGCAAAUAGAAAAUUAUGAUGCCUCUUGCACCGUGCAAGACUUCUUAGAUGAAAUCCAAAUAACUGAGGAUGAAUACAUCCUAGCACUAAGGUCAACAAUCCAGAGGCCAACGUUACUACUACAAAGAAAGCCCUCACAAAUAUGGAACAAUAGCUUUGCCAAACAAAUGCCCUUGCUAUGGAACGCAAAUACAGAUGCACAAUUCAUACUAAAUGCAUAUGCAGCAGCAAUGUAUUGCAGUUCCUACAUUGCAAAAGUUGACAAGUCAAUGACACAAGCAUUCAACAAAAUACGUAAAGAGCAUCAACAUGAAAACAUAGAUGCAAUACAAAUGAUAAAGAAACUUGGCAAUGCACUACUAAACUUACAACAAAUGUCAUCACAACAAGCUGCCCACAUUGUCCUCUCCCUCCCAUUGAAUAAAAGCUCACGCAAAUGCAUAUUCAUUGACACAAGACCUGAUGAUGAAAGGACAUUUAUACUAAAACCUCCAAAACAAUUGAGAAAAGAACUAGAUGACUCUGAAGAUAUUAUUUGCAAAUCUCUGAUGCACUACUACAUACAACGACCACCCACAAUCGCUGCUAUUUGCCUUGCUGAAUUUGUUGCUACCUAUAACAAAGAUGGCACCAAGAUCAAGCAAAAAGCAAAACCAAACAUAAUAAGGUUUAUCAAUUACAACAAACAUAUUGACAUAGAAAACUAUUGUAGAGAGAAACUAGUGCUAUAUGUACCAUUUACCCUCAAUGAAACCACACUAAAAGAUAAUUUCCUAUCAUGGGAAAGUGCAUACACACACCAUGAGAAAACAAUACUAAAAAACUGUGCAAAAUUUACAUUUACUAUUAACCCUACAUGGGGUGACCUUGACAAAGCCAUCAAUGAACUCGAUACAGAAAAUCCUAACGAUGUUAACGAUGUCCAUGUACCAAACAAAUUCAAUGAAGAUGAGCUAUACGACAUAGGACCUGAUAUCAACAAAAAAAGCCUCAAAACUACAGAUACAGUUGUCCAUGGUGCAUUUGAAAUUGCAAAGCACACACAAAUCAUUGAUAACAAUGAAUACCACAAAUUAAGACAAAUGCUAAACAUAGAGCAACAAGCAAUUGUCAAAGACAUUGCCAUUAAAAAGAUGAAAAACAUGCAAACACCUUUGCAUUUAUUCCUCACUGGCGGAGCAGGAACUGGAAAGACAUUCACAGCAAAAGCUAUCUACCAAACACUUCUCCGCCUUUACAGUGCUUCCAUUGACAAUGAUCCAGACAAACCAAAAGGACUACUCACUGCAUAUACAGGAAAAGCAGCAUUCAAUGUUGGUGGAACUACACUACAUUCAACAUUCCACAUACCUUUCAACAAAUCAAACUUUGUACCACUUAGCAUUGACACUCUAGAUACAAUGUCAAAACACUUCAGCCAAUUACGCAUCCUGCUAAUUGAUGAAAUAUCUUUAGUUGGCUCAACAUUCCUCCGUUACAUAGACAAACGUUUACGUGACAUAAUGCAAACACCCACAACAUCCUUUGGUGGGUUGGACACAAUAUUUUGUGGUGACCUCUACCAAGCACUACCAGUACUUGACUCCAUUAUCUUUGAAAACAAGCCAACUGCUACAGAUUUGUUGCCAUAUAAUUUCUGGAUCGACAAUGUCAAGUGCUACCCACUAACAAAAACUAUGCGACAAAAAGAUGAAACUUUCAUCUAUAUCUUAAACAAAAUGCGUGUCGCUGCACAAACAAGUGAUGACAUUGACUAUCUUAAUCAACAUUGCUUAAAGGAACCACCAGUUGACCCAACACUACCUCACCUCUUCUAUAGAAAAGUUGAUGUACACAACCACAAUAAUAAAAUGCUAACAAAACUUCCAGGAGAAACAAUUGUCCUCAAUGCAUUGGAUGAGCAAGAAACCAAUAUAGACACAAUUCGUUUGUAUGACCACACAACUACUUUGCCUUCCGAAAUUCACGUCAAACCAAAUAUACUAGUUGAAAUAUAUGCUAGCAAUUACAAUACUCAAGAUGGCCUUGUCAAUGGAUCUGAUGGAAUCUUCAAAAUAUAUACAAAACACAAUCACAUUGACAUCAUUUGGAUUGAUUUCAAUGACCCAAUAGUAGGAAUACAACAACGCAAAAAACUUGCACCCUAUUACAAUCCCACCAUUCAAACAAACUGGACUCCAAUACUCCCAUUACGAAUGCAACAACAUACAACAAUAGCACCAAAGUCUGAGAUAAUGGACAAGAACACAAGCAAAAGGUCCAAAAUUAACAAUGAAAUUUCAUUAUCAAUCGACGACCUAAAUGCCAGAAAAGCUGGAAACAAUUUUCAAGGAGAUGUUCUUGUCAUCUACAAAGCAACAUUGGACAAAGUGAACAAGACUAGAGAAGUUCUUCGUGCAGACCUCACAGAUUUGAAGGGUGAAAUGACAAUAACCCUCACUGUCAGCAACAACUUACUACACAAAUUUGAAGACAAAAUCAUCGUAGGCAUGGACCUCUCUAUAUCAGAUUUUGACGUUGUUCCACGCACUGACUACGACAGAGGUGAUUGUGACUGUGUUCUUCUCCUCAAGGACACAAGCACUCUCCAAGUAAUUCCACGUAUUUUACAUGACUACAACUUCAUCCCAAACACCACAAUCAGGCACUUGCUAAAUAACACAAGUGACUAUCCUAUUGGCACAAUAGGCGCUUUGGUAGUUGCAGCAAAGAGAUCUGGUGUACAAUACACUUUGGAAAUAAAAGAUGCACACAAUGAUAACGCUCAGCUAUGGAUGAAUGCUAACUUCACACAACACUAUUUAGAAAUAGAGAACAAACUACAAAGUAAUGAGCUUCCACAAAUGUUGUUCAAAAACAUUGUGAAAAGAACUGAUCUCAAAAAUGCAUUCCGCACAGGCAUUGCUACAUUCAUUUGUACACUCAAAGACAAAAGAACAUUGCAAAAGCUAACAGCACUCAUGGAAUCAACCAACAAGGUCACAGGCAAAUUAACUAUUACAAAUGCAUUCUCCAACCCCUUCAUUGCUUCUUGCACUGCCUGCAAAUACAAGUUUGACACAUUCGGAAAAAGGAAGACAAAGAUUAAAGAAGAAAAACUUGACACUGAAGAGGCACUUUCUAUUGGUGGUCGGGUUACCAGGUCAAGGUAA